AGUAGUAGCCAUCAAAGGUUCAUAGACGAGGGUUGGUUCCACAUCAUGGCAGACGACAGAGAAGUGCUGAGGGAACUCUGGGAUGGACGGCUGCCAAUCAAAUUUAACCUUGCAGCUGACGAGGUGUCCAGUAUGGAGCACCCUGAACCCUGCUAUCUGCUGGUGCCCAGACAGUCAUACUUCCCCCUGGUGGCAGACAAGGUGCAGAGAUACUUCCUGAAGUAUACGGCUAACUCACAGGGGGAGGAGAUGUGGCUGGAGUAUGAGGGACAACCUCUCAAAUGGCACUACCCUAUAGGAGUCCUGUUUGAUCUGUUUGCCUCCAGUACUAUGUUACCAUGGAGCCUUGUGGUCCAUUUCCAGAAAUUCCCAGAGGAUGAGCUCCUGCACUGUCCGGGUAAGGAUGCGGUGGAGUCUCACUUCAUGUCGUCUGUGAAGGAGGCUGACACGCUGAAGCACCGCGGUCAGGUCAUCAACGGCAUGCAGAAAAAGGACCACAAACAGCUGUGGAUGGGCCUGCAGAAUGACAAGUUUGACCAGUUCUGGGCCAUCAACCGUCGGCUGAUGGAGCACGGGGAGGAGAACUGCUUCAAACACCUGCCGUUCCGCCUGUACCAGCCCGACAAGCCGUGCGUACAGCGGCUCUUCCGACCAAUCACAGACGAGGGCGAGCAGAGGCUUCUGGGAGACCUGGUGCGAGAGGUCGCACCCCAAGUUUUUAACACUGAAGCAGAGGAUGCAUCGGGGAGGUGGAAGGUAGUUAUCCAAGGUGUGGAGCCCCCCAUGGAGACCCCCGUACAGUGGUUGAGUGAACACUUCAGUUACCCGGACAACUUUCUACACAUCUGUCUAGUCAACUCACAGUAGCCAUGUUAAUACUGUACUGUGUAUCAUGAAAUAUUUGUGAUGGAUUUAUGUUUGCAAUUUUCGUGGUAAGCCCUGAUUACAAACUCUUCACUCGAUCAUGACAUCCUUUUUGAAUUACUAUGAUUGUUUCAGUCACAAGCUGAGUGGAUCAAACCUUACAGUCCGGUCUUACACAGCUUGUACUUACAUGUACUGUAGAAAACUAGUGUGUUACGCCUAAAGGUGGUUUAGCAGUUAUGUGACACAAAGACAUUCCUUUCCUACUAUGAAGUCCUGCAAACUUAAAUGAACUUUAAUUGAAGCUUAUUUGUGUAAAUAUGAAUGCCAUGUGUAGUGGUAGAAAUAUCUGCGUAUGGAAGCAUAAAUAUUUAUGAUAUAGGACCAAAUGUGAUGGAGGGUUUAUACUAAUGCUCCUUGGUCCAGUGGUGGUUUACUUUAUUGUGUCUUGUGGCACAUUCAUGUGGGGGAUCUACACAUGUGGAUCUUCUAAAAAAACUGAAAAAAAUGUCUUACAGGGCAAUUUUGUACCAAUUAAAGAUUGGUACUAUGGACUCACGAUGCAUAGUAUGCUCGAGUACAUGUGUAAUGACAGUGUUAGUUAAAUAAAGAUAUUAUCCACAAUUUUUUUGUCAUAGUGGUUUCAAUCAGCUUUACAUAUAUCUUCUCUUUGGAAAAAAAAAUGUAGUGUAUGUUGUGGAAGAUGUCACUUGUCACCUACACUGAAACAAUACACACAAGCCAACAGAUAACCACCCAAAACAAUACUUCCAUACCCAGAACAGCAGAAAGAUGACCUAAAACCAUGUUGAUUCCUCACACAAAUACUGCAGUUUUAAUUUGCUCUGUGUUGCCCAUAAAGUGACCAUGUAGUAUACAAGUGCUAACAUGUACAGUACAAAAGCAAUGGCAUUCAAUUUUACAGUAUCCAUAUAUUACAUAGCCUGGUUACCCAUAUCCUUAAAGCCAGCAAAUAGUCAAAAAUUAUGAAUUAACCAACUUUAAAUAUCACAAUGAAAUAAUAUACUAGUAUCUGUUUGAAUAUUUCUACCAUAGGUGAUAAUCAUAAUAUUGUCUUUUUCCGAACUUAUUGGUAUUUUCAAUAAAAGUACAGCAGCUACCCUAUUACAUAAUAUCUUAAUAUUCAUGACUAUUACACAUUUAGGGUGUAUUUACUACUGAGACAAUAUGCAUAGGUAAUUAACAGAUGAUCCUAUGAAUACAUAUAAAACCAGCAUGUCUAUACAACUAUUGUAUUACAUGUACAUGAAAAUCAACAUUCAUCAAUGAAAAUGGUACAAUAAUUCAGUGUUUGACAAUAAUUCAGUGUUUGAUUUUAAUAUUACAUGAUGCUCCCGACAACUAUACAAAGAUGUAGAGCCAGCAUACUCUGGUAUAUUAAAGCCAAUUACACAAUCAAGAAGAACAAUUCUUCUGUUCUUUACUUUAUGUUUACAAACUUUUGAUCAAGACUUAACAACAUUUUAAUUCUUGUGAAACAGAUUUUCUACAAGCUUCAAAGCACCACCCAAAACUUCCACUGCUUCUCUUUAGAGCAUUACUUCAACAUCUAUCUCCAAUUAUCAUGAUAGAUGAAAGGAUGAAGAAACAGUGUAAAAUUACAGUAAUGAACAUGUACUGAUGUAGACUUAGUUUAAGUGAGGUUUAAUCUGACUUGAAUUUUCCAUAUUAUAAAAUGCACACCACCUAUUUCACAAAUGUACAAACCAUCCAUGUAUUAUAUUCCUGGCUUCUUGUUCAGACCUAUACAAAAGCGCGCUGAGUAUGGGCAAGGCACCAACAGUCUGCAACAUGUACAUACUCCUAUCUAGAACAUGUAUUCAACACUGUACACAUACUGUACUGGAAUGUACAUAAUAACAGCAGAGAUUGGGACUUGGAAUCACACCAUCCACCCUAUACCUUUAUAUAUCAUAAUGUAGCAAUACCCCCACUUUGAAAUGUAGCAAUACCCCCACUUUGAAAUGUAGCAAUGCCCCCACUUUGAAAUGUAGCAAUACCCCCACUUUGAAAUGUAACAAUACUCCCAGUUUGAAAUGUAGCAAUACCCCCACUUUGAAAUGUAGCAAUAUCCCCACUUUGAAAUGUAGCAAUACCCCCACUUUGAAAUGUAGCAAUACCCCCACUUUGAAAUGUAG